AUGGUUUUAGGAAUGAGAGGAAGGAACAUGAGAACUAGCAAAGUUCAAGUUGAUUAUCUGAUUCAUAUUCAAGAGAUUAAGCCUUGGCCUCCAUCGCAAUCUUUAAGAUCUCUUCAUUCGGUUUUAAUCGAAAUGAAGAAUGGUUCCAACACAUUAGGUUCUACUAAACUAGUAUCACCUUCACUUGGUUCGGUUAUAGGCGAAGGAAGAAUUGAAUUCAAGGAAUCGUUCAGAAUUUCGGUGACAUUGUUGAGGGAUGUAUCCAUUAGAGGUGGUGAUUUUGAUGUUUUCCAGAAGAAUUUCUUGGAAUUCAACUUGUAUGAGCCUAGAAAAGAUGAUAAGAUUGUUAAGGGUCAAUUAUUGGGAAAUGCUGUUAUCGAUUUGGCAGAUUAUGGAGUAGUUAAAGAGGGAUUAAGCAUUAGUACUUCUAUGAACUGCAAGAGGAGUUACAGAAAUAAUGAUCAACCGGUUUUGUUGAUUAAGAUUCAGCCGGCUGAAAAGAUCCGCGCUCGUUCGUCUUCGUUGCAGGAAAGAUUUUCAAACGAGGUUUUGGAGAAUAAUAGCAACGGUUGCGAUUCUGUAUCAACAUUGAUGAAUGAAGAAUAUGCCGAGGAAGCUGAGAUUGCUUAUUUUACUGAUGAUGAUGAUGUUUCUUCACGUUCUUCUGUUGCGGGAGCUUCUACUUCCUUUCAACUUCAGAAUGAAUCGAAUGGACCAAUCCGAAAGACUAAUUUGGUGCAACAGGAUGCAUACAAGAAGAUGGAAAGUCCAUCUCACAUGCCGUCGUCAACGGAUGCAUCAUUGUCGAGCGAAAAAGGUGUGUCUUUACCAUCUUUAGUUUGUGAAAGUUUAGACAAAAAUUCAAGGAUCGGAACAAGAAGCAACGAUCAUGAAAAGUUCGAUGAGAAUUUUCAUGACAAGGUUACUCAUUGUAGAAAUAUAGUUGAAGAUGUUCAAAGAAUAAGUAGCAAAAGAGAUGCUAAGAUUAAUCCAAAGGAAGCGAAAAAUGGUAAUUUAGAAGGUAAAAUCGAUUACUUGAAAAAGAAGGUAAAUAAUCUUGAAGGAGAGUUAAGAGAAGCCGCGGCUAUUGAAGCUUCUUUAUAUUCAGUUGUUGCUGAGCAUGGAAACUCCAUGAGUAAGGUUCACACCCCGGCUCGGCGUCUUUCGAGGCUUUAUCUUCAUGCUUGUAGAGAAAAGCUUCAAGGAAGAAAGUAUAGUGCAGCUAAAAGUUCUGUUUCAGGAUUAGUACUUGUUUCAAAGGCAUGUGGAAAUGAUGUUCCAAGGUUGACAUUUUGGUUGUCGAAUACUAUAGUGUUGAGAAUAAUUAUAAGCCGAAACUUGAAGGAUUUAGUUUCAUCAAAUCACGGUGGUUCCGACAGGAGAAGAAAAUCGGAGGGAAAUGGAAAUGGAAAGAUAGCAUCCUCCUCACAAAGGUGGAGAGGAGGAAAAAGUGAAAGUAAAGAAGCAUUAGGGUAUGAAUGUUUUGGUAAUUGGGAUGAUCCUCAUGUAUUCAUUUCAGCAUUGGAAGAAGUUGAAGCUUGGAUCUUCUCUCGCAUAGUAGAAUCUAUAUGGUGGCAGACUCUAACUCCACAUAUGCAACAUGUUGAUACAAAUAUAACCGACAAAGAAGUAGCUUCUGCAUCAAGGAAAAGCUUUCGAACGAUAUGUAGUUCAUGUGAUCAAGAUAAGAGUAACUUGUCACUAGAUAUUUGGAAGAAUGCUUUUAAGGAAACAUUUGAAAGGCUCUGUCCUAUUCGAGCUGGAGGACACGAGUGUGGCUGUUUACCAAUGAUUCCAAAAUUGAUAAUGGAGCAAUGUGUCUCAAGAUUAGAUGUGGCUAUGUUCAAUGCUAUUUUGCGCGAGUCGGGUGAUGAAACCCCAACUGAUCCUGUCUCUGAUGCUAUAAGUGAUCCUAAGGUUCUUCCUAUUCCACCAGGAAAAUCAAGCUUUGGAGCUGGUGCUCAGCUGAAAACUGUGAUUGGGAACUGGUCUAGAUGGUUGAGUGAUCUAUAUGGCAUGAAUGAAGAUGACUCAAUUGAAAAUAAAGAUGGUUCUAAUAACAAUGAGCAGAAGCAUGAUUCUUUCACCCUUCUUAAUUCACUAAGUGACCUUCUAAUGCUUCCUAAAGAUAUGCUAUUAAGUGCAUCCAUUAGAAAUGAGGUAUGCCCCAUGUUUAGUGCACCACUUAUCAAGAAGAUUCUUCAUAAUUUCUUUCCAGAUGAGUUUUGCCCUGAUCCGGUGCCUAUACAUGUUCUUGAAGCUCUAGACUUAGAGAAUGAUAUGGAACAUGGAAAGGAGUUAGAUAACAACUUCACAUGUAGCGCAGCUCCGAUUUCCUAUUCACCUCCGAAUGUAACUUCCGUCGCAAGCAUUCUAGGAGAGAUUGGAAGCAAAUCUCAGCUAAGAAGAAACAAAUCUUCUGUUGUUAGGAAGUCAUACACAAGUGACGACGAGCUCAAUGAAUUGAAGUCUCCAUUAUCUUCGAUAUUCUUGUGCGAUUCCAUAUUGUUUUCAGAGGUUUUGACAAAAUCGAAUUUGAAGUCGAAAGACAUUGGUAGUGAAUCUCCUGUUAGAUAUGAUCUCCUUAGAGAUGUGUGGAUGAGUAAUAAUUAG